AUGCAUGAGUUUUGUGCACUUAGUUUUUGGAGCAACACGAAUAUUGGUUUCUCUUUCUCUAACUCCCUCGGCUUAUCGGGGGGGCUAAUAACGCUUUGGAAAAACGAGGCAUUGGAGGUUAUUCACAGUUUCAAGGGGGAAGGAUAUCUCGGAAUAAAAGUGAUAUGGAAGAGUUUUAUUUACUACAUUGUGAAUGUUUAUUCGUCGUGUAUUUUAUCUAAGAAGAAGGAGUUGUGGAGUAAGUUGUUAGAGUUGAAAGAGACUUUCACGGAUGGCGAAUGGAUUAUAGGAGGGGAUUUCAACGCCGUCAAACAUCGUGGCGAGAGGAAAGGGAGAACGUUAUAUGAUAACAAUAGUGGUAUGAGGCUUUUCGCCGAGUUUGUGGAGAAGAGUGAUUUGAUAGAAAUUCCUUGCAAAGGUAAGAAGUUCUCGUGGUAUAGUGGAGAUGGUAGGUCCAUGAGUCGCAUUGAUAGAUUUCUUCUUUCGGAAGUGAUUGUUGAUAGAUGGAAGGUUAUUGGCCAAAAAAUUGAAGAUAGAGAUUUAUCGGAUCAUUGCCCCGUUUGGCUCGUGAUGGACAACCGUGAUUGGGGGCCGAAGCCUUUUAGGUUCAAUAAUGAAUGGUUCUCUUUUGAUUCUUUUAUUCCUUUUGUGGAAAAAUCUUGGAAUGAGAUUAAAGUUGAAGGAAGAGGGGACUUCAUUUUGAAAGAAAAACUCCGACGCUUGAAAGAUUGUUUGAGGUGGUGGAACAAGAAUGUUUUCGGGAAGAUAGAUUUGAUGAUGGAGGAGGAUGUGAGAGAGAUUAAUUUAGGGGAUGAAAGGUUGGAACAAGAUUCUUUUGAUUCUUAUUCCGAUGUUGUUUUAGAUAGGAAGAAGGCUUCUAGUAGGUUUUGGUUGAAUUUGAGGAUAAAAGAAAAUAUGUUAGCUCAAAAAACCAAAUUGAGGUGGUUGAAAUAG